AUGUCCGAAUCAAAAGAAUCCCUCCUCGCCAAAGCGGAAAACAUCGACCCCCCACCAGCCUAUGAUGCCAAACCAAACCCUCGAGCAUCCCUCCCUCGACCACCACCCCUCGCCCUCCCCGUCCUCAAUGAACUCCGCUCAAAGCGCGUUAUCCUAGCCUCCUCCUCUCCCCGCCGUCGCCAGAUCAUGUCCCUCCUCGGCCUCCCCGCCAUCGAAAUCAUCCCUUCAAACGCAGACGAAGACUUCCCCAAAACAAUGGCUCCAUUCGAAUACGUCCUCGCCACAGCAACUAAGAAGGCGCAGGCAGUAUACGGGAAGGAAAUUGACAACGAGGAAAAGGGCGAACCGGGCUUGAUUCUGGCGGCGGACACGGUCGUCGUGGAUGUGUCGGACGGAUCAAUUCUCGAAAAACCCCGCUCCGAGGCGCAUCACAUCUCCAUGCUCAAGUCGCUGCGCAACGUGCAGAAUCAUAAGGUUUACACGGCUGUUGUUGCGAUGGCGCCGCUGGCGAGUGCGCGACAGCCUGGGUAUGCGAUUGAGUCGGCCGUUGAGGAAACAUCGGUGCGGUUUGAUAGCGAAGUCACGGAUGAGUUGAUCCUGGCAUAUGUACGAACAAGAGAAGGUGUGGAUAAAGCCGGUGGAUAUGGAAUACAAGGGUUAGGGUCGGUUCUUGUUGAGAGGAUUGAUGGGAGCUAUGAUAAUGUUGUGGGGUUGCCGUUGAAGACGACAUUGAAGGUUAUUGAAAAGGUCAUUCGCAGGGCGGAUGAUGAUGAUCAGUUGGAUGGUGAAGCUGGUUUGUCAGAAGAAGAGGAAGAGGAGUAG